GUUCGCCCCGCGGAACGAAACGUAUUUAAAAUAGGCCCUUGUGACUCCUUAGUCAGACAAUCCCCUUUCUCGUAUAUGUUGAGUCUUAACCGCUUUCUUCUGAACGCCUCUCAAGCCAGACGGGCUCCCAUUCUUCAACGCACUUUCCACCUCACAACUCCAGCCACCAUGCCUCGCACCGCUGCAACAGAGAGCUUUAAGUUUAACCACACCAUGAUUCGUAUCAAGGAUCCGAAGCUGUCCUUGCCCUUCUACAUGGAUACCCUCGGCAUGGACCUGGUUUCUGAGCAAAACAUGGGUGACUUUACCCUUUACUUCCUCGCCUUUGACCACGACGGGAUCGCCUCGCUCCCAUCCGAGCAGAAGGCUAAGGCUCGUUUCAACCGCGAGGGCAUCCUUGAGCUCACUCACAACCACGGCACCGAGUCCGACCCAAACUUCCAAGGCUAUGCCAGCGGCAAUGCUGAACCUGGCAGGGGUUUUGGCCACAUCGCUAUCACCGUGAACAAUAUCGAGGAGGCAUGUGCGCGUUUUGAAAGCCUCGGGGUUCCCUUCAAAAAGCGUCUCACCGACGGUAAGAUGAGGCAUAUUGCCUUCAUCCUGGAUCCCGAUGGCUACUGGGUGGAGGUUGUUCCUCAGGCCUUGAGCUUGUAAAGAAUGUUGGUGAACAAAUUGUAGUAGUCAAGUUGAUAGAAUUCAAGUUGUAUCCUUAGCACUCGUCUUGAAAGUAUGUGUCUACUGAUUUCAAA